GACAGCCAUUUGUACCGUAACGCUGCUGACACUGGCGGUACUAUGGUAGACGAUUAGGGUCAAAUCUCAGUCGGUAAAAGUGUGUUUUGCUUAUUUUAUUGGCGUUCGAGAUACGUAGUGUGCUUGCGAAUACAAACAUAGUUAAAUGACUAGAGUUAAAUGACUAGUUUACUAUUAAGACGAUUUCUCCAGUUCACUCUUCUUCCAGUUGUCUCGAAACAAAAAUGCACUAGCAUUUGUUUUUGUCGACGGUUUUGUGAGAACACAGAAGGGUGUUCCACAUCUAGAAAUGAAGCAUUGCAUAAAUCCCCCAGGAUUUAUACAAGAACGGGAGAUAAAGGGUGGUCCAACACUUUUACAGGAGAAAGAAGACCAAAAGACGAUUAUGUGUUUGAGGCUUUGGGGACAACAGAUGAGUUGACAUCAGCCAUUGGAUUGGCCAAGGAAUUCUGCAUUGACCAAGGACAUGCGUUUGUGGAAGAACUGGACCGGAUCCAGAGUGUCCUGCAGGAUGUUGGAUCCAAUAUUGCCACUCCUGUAUCAUCAGCCAGAGAUGGCCAUCUAAAGAGAACACGUUUCAAUGAGAAGCCAGUCCUGGAGUUAGAGCAAUGGAUUGAUAAUUAUACUGUGCAGCUGCCAGCUCUGACUAACUUCAUUUUGCCUUCCGGAGGAAAAAGCAGCUGUGCCCUACAUCUUGCCAGAGCAAUAUGUCGACGAGCAGAGCGCAGUGUGGUUCCUAUUGUCCGUAUGGGAGAAGCUGAUCCCAGUGUUGCCAAGUAUCUUAACAGGCUCAGCGACUACCUGUUCACUUUGGCCAGAUUUGCUGCCAUGAAGGAGCAAAAGUCAGAGCGAGUAUACAGAAGAACUGAUGAGGAGUAAUAUGUGUUGAAAGAAAGGUUUUUUUUUUUUGUUUUUUUUUUGUCUGAAAUGUCCUUUUUGUUCUGCAUUUACUGUGUAUGUAUAUAAUAUAUGACAAUAUGGAGGAUGCUUACAUUUUUCUUAAGCACCCCAGCUUAUUGGUGCUGUUUUAGCUAAACAAAACAAGGAAAAGAGGUCAUCAAGAAAUGAUCAAUAGGAUACAAAGAGACCUUUUACUGCAGGGUAAACUCUUACAAAUAUACACUUAAACAAGCACAUUAUUUAUUUAGUAGUUCUACUGUCACAUGUACAGGGUGGUCAAGAUCGUCUGGAUGACUUUGAUUUAUGCAGGGACGAUUCUUCAUGUCGUCACUUCACACACUUCUCGAUGGUCCGGGAUUUUUCAUGUGGUUUGCUAUGUAAUAGCGUAAUGAAAAUUGCAUAAUUAGAGCUGGACCAUUCUAUACAGAGGAAGUGAAAGUCUUGUUUGCAUGUCCAAAUAACUUACCACAUGUUGUCAAGCUCUGGCACAAUGAUAAAUAAGAAUGUAGUAAAAUGGAGAACAUUAUUUAGUAGAAACUUCCAGUCACCCAAGCUUGUGUUGUCCUUAUCCAUGGUCAGUUCUGUUUCUGCUUACUUAACUUCGGGCCCUCUACCCUCAUAGGUUUAAACAUCAAUGUAUUUAUUAGCUGCUUUACACACAGAGACUAACAUACAUGUCUUUUCUACCAAGGAUGUGCCAAUGUUUUAGAUGGAGUGAAUACCACCCUGCCACCUUUGGGCUUUAGGUCCUCUUUGUUUGUAGAUAGCUUUAUCCCUUGCACAUUUCCACAACCACGCAGAAGACAGACCUCCUCGUUAUGUGGACUGUAGGGGGACUCAAGUUUUAAAGUCAUACGUUAUCUCAUUAAUUCAAAAAAUGUCUAGUUAUUGCACAAUAAAUUCAUGCUAAAGAAGUUUGGUACUAAAUUUGAUAUGUGCUCUUUCAAAAGGAGAGAAGCAUGAGAGAAAUCCCUUUAACCUGAGCAAGAGUUUAAAAAAAAAAAAAAACAGUGUCACUACAAAUAGCCCCUGCUUCUCCAUCACAGCCCAGAACAAUAUAAGAACAGUGCUGCUACAGGUGGUCAGUCUCAUACUCAUCUUUGUUUUGUCAAUAAAAUUCCUGCACUUGAGGCAGUUUCCUUAUCUCUAACUGCCAGGGAACAAAACACCUUUUCUGGGAGAGGACGAUGACCCCCGACUUGGAGGUGCAAACUAUCAUCCAGCAUUCAGUACAUUAUCUACAAACCAUUCCUGGGCACACUGAAGACUGUGGUCAGAUGGAACUAGGCAUCUAUGAAUGCUCGUGACUAAAUUAAAAGGACAAGGUGCAGUUACUUAAUGCUUUUAAAAUGUUGAAUAAGGUGACUGUAUUAAAUUAACAAACACAUCCCAAAAUACAAGCUUAGGAAAUAAUGGACUUCAUAAUGCAUUCCAUAGUUACAGGAAGGUGCACUUACUUUCCCAGAGUCUGCAGCAAUCUUUAUUCCCCCCGCCGAAGACCAGUUUAUUUUUGGAGGUUAUUCUCAGUUCCUCCACUGGCAUAGCCAGCCUUCAUCAAGUGUGCAAAAUGCAGCAUGAUAUUUACAAGGAGUGUGUGAAGAAUAUGAAAUUUGUUGUGAAGUCUCAGUUUAGAAUUAAAAUACUUGAAACAUUUACAAGCAACAGUAAUAGAAUAUACAAUUACAGGAUAACAUUGAUACACUUUAUUAAAAAUGGUGUUAGAGCAAAAAUAAAAAAACUGGCCAACUGUCAACCAGGAGAUCCACUGCUACAACAUUUCUAAUCUUUUGUAUAGUUUAAUUAGAGCACUUUAGAAAAAAUAAAAUUGAUUGGCAGAUGAACAGGUGGGUCCUGGGCAUAAGUGUAACUCAGAUAAUCCCAUUUUUAUGAGGUAAGUGGCCAUAGACUUGUACAUCCUUCAUUUCCCAGAAAAAAAAAAAAAA